AUGAACCCAUGGACUGACUUGUCAAGAUACCAGCCAGUGUAUUCCUUGCAUCUGUCCCUCCAGGACAUAUACAAAAUUGGUGGUAUUGGUACUGUCCAUGGGGGUCCAGUGGAGACUGUUCUCAAAUCUGGCAUGGUGGUCACCUUUGCUCCAGUCAACAUUACAACUGAAGUAAAGUCUGUUGAAAUGCACUAUGAAGCUUUGAGUAAAGCCCUUCCUGGGAACAAUGUGGGCUUCAAUGUCAAGAACGUGUCUGUCAAAAAUGUUCAUCGUGGCAAUGCAGCUGGUGACAGCAAAAAUGACCCGCCGAUGGAAGCAGCUGGCUUCGCAGCUCAAAGGAUUACCUUGAACCAUCCAGGCCAAGUCAAUACUGGAUAUGCACUUGUGCUGGAUUGUCACACAGCUCACAUCGCUUGCAAGUCUGCUGGGAUGAAGGAGAAGAUUGAUCAUCAUUCUGGGAAAAAGCUGGAAGAUGGCUCCAUAUUCCCGAAAUCUGGUGAUGCUGCCAUCGUUGAUAUGGUUCCUGGUAAGCCCAUGUGUGUUAAGAGCUUCUCUGACUAUCCUCCUCUGGGCCGUUUUGCUGUUCGUGACAUGAGACAGACAGUUGUUGUGGGUGUCAUCAAAGCAGUGGACAAGACGGCAGCUGGGGUUGGCAAGGUCACCAAGUCUUCCCAGAAAGCUCAGAAGGCUAAAUGA